ACACACACUGUGAGCCGUGAAACUGAAUAAGCGAUGACGCUCCUCCGUCGUGGACUGUGCUGUGUUGUCACCAGCUGUUUGCUAGAAGACGAAGCAAAAAGUGGACGUGCCUCGAACGGGUUGCGUGUCUGCGAGCCUGCCGUAGCACCCACGGCCGCGUUUGAAGCCGAAAGAUGGUGCCGGAUGACUGAUGGAGUCACCGGAGCCUCCCCGGUCCCCCAGCGGUACAAUCAGUUACAUAAGUGAACGCAUCGGUUACCCAAAAACUGUGAUAACGGACUAGUGUCCACACAGGUCGGAGUUGAAGCCAUUUUCUCUGCGUGUGACGCCUCGACGUGUCAGCAUGAACGUGGGCACGGCGCACAGCGAGGUGAACCCCAACACCCGGGUGAUGAACAGCAGGGGCAUGUGGCUGUCUUACAUCCUGGGCAUCGGCCUCCUCCACGUCAUCCUGCUCAGCAUCCCCUUCGCCAGCGUGCCCGUCGUCUGGACCCUCACCAACCUCAUCCACAAUCUGUGCAUGUACCUCCUCCUUCACACGGUCAAAGGGACGCCCUUCGAGACUCCGGAUCAGGGCAAGGCUCGCCUCCUCACACACUGGGAGCAGAUGGACUACGGGGUGCAGUUUACUGCUUCACGCAAGUUCCUCACCAUCACACCCAUUGUUCUGUAUAUAUUAACCAGCUUCUACACCAAAUACGAUCGGGCGCAUUUUGUGGUCAACACGGUUUCCUUGCUCACUGUGCUCAUCCCCAAGCUUCCCCAGCUGCACGGCGUGAGGAUCUUUGGGAUUAAUAAGUACUGACGAGGCGGAAGAGGACACCUCCUUCCCUGAGUCCCCGUGGACUGCAGUGAGCACGCGGGGUGUCAGGCCUCUGAUUUUUGGCUGCAGAACCAUGAGGAUCCGUGGCCCUUUUGGCGACUUACUCUGCUGAGCAGCGCUCUAAAUGAAGCCUACAGAGGAUGCUGCCAUGGCACCGAAUCCCAGGGAAGAGACACACAGCACUAAAGAGAGAGCACAAAGCGGGAAGUGUUUGGUUGUGAUAAUCAGUGGCCCGGAGGAUUUAUAAUUUUUUUUUUCUUUAAGUAUUAUGUCCAUGUUUUGUAGACGUGGGAGAUGUGAAAGGAGGACAAUGCUGUUGCACAAAUAUCAUGUGCCAUUUCACACCGCUUGGCCCACUGAGGGUGCAAUCAAAGAUGUUUUAUAUGUGACGAUGCACUGCUGUAUUUAUUUAGCUUCACUUGUAGCCUCGCGGGCUUAAAGGGGAGCGGCGAUACUUCAAAGACGCCGUAAAGGACCCGUGAGCUGCUGUGGGCUCGAGACACGAGAAACCACAAGGUUUAAGAAUGAUCUGCCCUGCUCAGGCUCAGGCCCAGGGAGCAAAGUUUUUUUGUUUUUAAUCCGACCGCCUCCAUAUUUGGACGCCUCUUGUCUCGGUCUGUGUGGCUGCAGAGCUUCGCGUCUGAACAGAAUGUAUGAGCAAGAGCUCCCUGCUGAUCUCAACCAAAAGUCCUGCAGUCUGAGUUCAAAGAUAAGUAUUUGUGUCCUCGCGCUACGUGUUGGGGCGCAACGACGAGACCAGAAAAGUAUGCAGGGCCUUUUUACAUGUUGCAUCUGCAUCUCAACCAGUACCGGUUUAUUAGGCAGUCUAAUGCAAUACAUUAGCCCAAAGUAAGUCCUGGCAAACUAAAGGUGAUUCCAUCCAUCCGAAUAUUAAAAGAAACCUUUGCAUUCAUAAAAAUGUUAUAUAAAAAAAAAUCAUUUACAGUCUAGAAAGAAAUAAAAUAAUGUUUCCUAUAACGUUUAAAAUGGCUUUACUGGCUCCGUUUUCUUUCUGCUUUAGCGCAUUUAUCUUAGCGUUGGAAGGUUCAUCAGAUUCUGAGAAUAGGUGUGAACUGUAAAACCCAAAGAGUUAGCUGAAAGAUCCCAAUCUAGCCGGAUCACACCGGUGCUUGGCACAACCUCAGAUCUGUUGUUAAUCAGUAAAAAAAAAAAAAAAAAAGUUCAGCUUAAGGUUUCAUUUCCUCCGCGUAAAAUACUGAGAAAAUACUGGCUUGCCACCAAUAACACUGUAGCCACACGUCACUGUCUAAGUAGCCGCGUCCGCAUCAAGUGCUUCCUCUUCUCUUUCUCUUGAGACUUUGCGGUUUCCACUCCAGGUUUGCGGUUUCCCCGUCACGCUUGGCAGGGCAAAGCAGACGCGGUGUUCGCGAAGCGCCGGGACGAGCCACGUCUUGAACGCUGAAAGUCAGCGGGUGAUUAAAUAAAUUGUGGGCUGUGUGUCAGCAUGGUUUGAUUAUGUUUGACAACCCAGUGUGUUUUCCUGAUUUGACUCUAGACACCACGCUGUAAGGAUUAUCCAAAUAUGUAAUGAAUGUAAUGAACAAACAGGUACAUUGAUCUCACUUCUCCUACAAGGUGACGAAUAGAUAGAAUCAUUUUUUAAACCUGAGGCUGCAAUAAGAAACAAAAAGUAAUGUUUUGUGUCUUUUACUUGUACUUCUUAUUUCUUCAUCUGUACACGUAAACUUUCUGAAUAACUGACGUUCUGAGCUCUCUCAGAAACUUCAGCUUCAUUAUAAAUGUGUGAAGUUGCACCAGGGGGAAAUGUUUAGUUUGCACGUGCAGCAGUUCACAUCCAUGUAUCUAUAUUUGCAGGAUUUGUUUCUAGGAAUGUCACUACAGACGCACAAUUCAUAUUGUCUAAAUAUUAACAGACUCCGUUUAACCGCGCACGUCUCCCUCGGCGGGCGACGGGCAGCGAGGUUCGAUUCAAUUUCGCCUGUCGCGGUUCACGCUUUACAACCGAUUCCAGUGACGAGCACGGACCAAAACCAGUUAAAGAAUCCUGAGUGGGUCUGCCACAGCUUUUCAUCUGUUCAUUUCAUCUCCAUAAAGGGCUUCGACUCAAAGACACGCUCGUGAUUUUCACGGCACGAACGUCGACACGUUACAUUCUUUGUCCGAUCUGAUCUGAAACGACUGAAUGUUGAUUAAAUGUUUUUUUCUUUCUGUGAAGGACGUUUCAUAGGGAUCUUGUGUGAGAGCGCUCGUCACCAGUAUUCUGAAAGUAUCAUCUCAACAUUCUUUAUUGUUGUUUCGUAGCGCGUGUACUCGCUGAUCGAAACGGACGUGAUGUGUUUGUUGAGAACGUAGCAACGUGAAGAACUGUGCACAUGAACCCUUCUUUUUUUUUUUUUUUUUUUUACCCGGAUGUCGAGUCGUCGGUACUUCGUGGUGUCAACCUGCUGGAGGGAAUGAAAUCUGCCUUCCUGUGGAUUCGGUGACUUCUGUCUGAUCGUUUCAGGAUGUUUAAAAAGGGUCGAGAGUCCAAUCUACACAGACUUAAAGAUCAGACGGGUUAAUCCAAACCGAAGGAAAAACCUUUCUGUGUGUGUGUGUGUGCGCGUUGAACAUGUCUCCGCUACGUGACAUGUUCUGACCUGGAUGAAGUUUUCAGUACUGUUACUUAAUAUGUCUCACAGUAGUCUGCUUACAUUGAGGUGGAGUCUCGGUACUUGUACUAGUGUGGUGCAGUUUGCACAAAAGGUGACAUUGAACAAACGUACCCAAUAAAAGCAGAAUCCUCUUUCA